GGGGCGGAGCCAGGAAGCAGGAUGCCUGGGUCUCCAUUCCUACCAGCAAGUCCCUAGGCUUCUGUCUCUCCCUUUUGCUCUACCAGCUUCAGCACCAUUCAUGCUGCCCCAAGAGCCUUGACAGCUCCUGAACCACCUCCAGGCAGAAGAAACUGAACGGACCUCCUGUCCUCCCCUACUUUGCACAAGGACCUUCUGCACCACCUGCAAGGCCUUACCCCUGAAGAGGACCAAGCGCCGGAAGUAUUACUACCAAGCUGCCUUUGUGGCCAUCCUUAAGAAAAACAGAAAGAUGGCCAAGGAGAGGGGCCUAAUAAGCCCCGAAGAUUUUGUCCAGCUGCAAAAAUACAUGGAAUACUCCACCCAAAAGGUCAGUGACGUCCUAAAGCUCUUCGAAGAUGGCGAGAUGGCCAAAUAUCUCCAAGGAGACGCCAUUGGAUACGAGGGAUUUGAGCAGUUCCUGAAAAUCUAUCUGGAGGUGGAUGAUGUUCCCAGUCACCUAAGCUUGGCACUGUUUCAGUCCUUCCACAAUGGUCAAUGCUUAAACGAGACUUUGCUAAAAGAUGUGGUGUGUCUUAGUGAUGUCUCCUGCUACUUCUCCCUUCUGGAGGGUGGCCGGCCAGAAGAUAAGCUAGAAUUCACGUUCAAGCUCUAUGACACAGACAGAAAUGGGAUUCUGGACAGCUCGGAAGUGGAAAAAAUCAUCCUCCAGAUGAUGCGAGUGGCUGAAUACUUGGAUUGGGAUGUGUCUGAGCUGAGGCCGAUUCUUCAGGAGAUGAUGAAAGAGAUUGACUAUGAUGGCAGUGGCUCUGUCUCCUUAGCUGAGUGGGUUCGGGCUGGGGCCACGACGGUGCCACUGCUAGUGCUGCUGGGACUGGAGAUGACUCUGAAGGACGACGGGCAACACAUGUGGAGACCCAAGAGGUUCCCUAGACCAGUCUACUGCAACCUGUGCGAGUCGAGCAUUGGUCUGGGCAAACAGGGGCUGAGCUGUAACCUCUGUAAGUACACCGUUCACGAUCACUGCGCCAUGAAGGCCGCGCCAUGUGAAGUCAGCACCUAUGCCAAGUCUCGGAAGGACAUUGGUGUCCAAUCACACGUGUGGGUGCGAGGAGGCUGUGAGUCUGGCCGUUGUGACCGCUGUCAGAAAAAGAUCCGGAUUUACCACAGUUUAACCGGGCUGCAUUGUGUAUGGUGCCACCUACAGAUCCACGAUGACUGCCUGCAAGCCAUAGGCCCGGAGUGUGACUGUGGCCCGCUCCGUGAACACAUCCUGCCCCCAUCCUCCAUCUAUCCCAGUGUCCUGGCAUCAGGACAGGAGCGUAAACAGAUCAAAAUAAGCCAGAAACCCACGGAUGACUUAAAUGUGUUCACGUCUGAAGCUCUGCGGAUUGAGCCUGUUCCUAACACUCACCCACUUCUAGUCUUUGUCAAUCCUAAGAGUGGUGGGAAGCAAGGGCAGAGGGUGCUCUGGAAGUUCCAGUAUAUACUAAACCCUCGGCAGGUGUUUAACCUGCUAAGGGAUGGUCCUGAGCCAGGACUCAGAUUCUUCAAAGAUGUUCCUGAUAGCCGGAUUUUGGUGUGUGGUGGAGAUGGCACAGUAGGCUGGAUUCUAGAGAGCAUUGAGAAAGCCAACUUGCCUGUGGUGCCUCCUGUUGCUGUGCUGCCUCUAGGCACUGGAAAUGAUCUGGCUCGUUGCCUACGGUGGGGAGGAGGGUAUGAGGGACAGAAUUUGGCAAAGAUUCUCAAGGAUUUAGAGAUGAGUAAGGUGGUCCAUAUAGAUCGAUGGUCCCUGGAAGUGAUACCCCAACAAACGGAAGAAAAAAGUGAUCCAGUCCCCUUUCAAAUCAUCAAUAACUACUUCUCCAUCGGUGUGGAUGCCUCUAUUGCUCACCGAUUCCACAUCAUGCGAGAGAAAUAUCCUGAGAAGUUCAACAGCAGAAUGAAGAACAAGCUCUGGUACUUUGAAUUUGCCACAUCUGAAUCCAUCUUCUCAACAUGCAAAAAGCUGGAAGAGUCUUUGACAGUUGAGAUCUGUGGGAAACCGCUGGAUCUGAGUAACCUGUCCCUAGAAGGCAUCGCAGUGCUGAACAUCCCUAGUAUGCAUGGUGGCUCCAACCUCUGGGGUGAUGCCAAAAGACCCCACGGGGAUAUCUGUGGGAUCAACCAGGCCUUAGGAUCUACAGCUAAAGUCAUCACUGACCCUGACAUCCUUAAAACCUGUGUGCCAGAUCUAAGUGACAAGCGACUGGAAGUAGUAGGGCUGGAGGGUGCAAUUGAGAUGGGCCAGAUCUAUACCAAGCUCAAGAGUGCUGGACGUCGGCUGGCCAAGUGCUCUGAGAUCACUUUCCACACCACAAAAACCCUCCCCAUGCAAAUUGACGGGGAACCCUGGAUGCAGUCACCCUGUACAAUCAAGAUCACCCACAAGAACCAGAUGCCCAUGCUCAUGGGCCCACCACCCCGCUCUUCUAAUUUCUUUGGCUUCUUAGGCUGAAGGAGACACCCUCAGCCUGCAAGCCAGCCUUGAACCCACUUGUCCAUCCCUGGACUCCACUCCCUAGGCUUUGUAUGUUACCGCCACAUCUUCCUGCCAGCUCAGGG